CCAGCCUCUUAACACCACUGAACUUCCUCCACAGCAGUGAAUAUUUGACUCUACCCUUUUGACUGAGGUUAUUUGUCGGUGCCCAGCAGAUCAGCCGACUUCUCGUCUGAUUUGUUAGGAACGAUGACAGGUGGACGAGAACUGCUGCUCCUGGCAGCAGUGAUCGCUCUCCUGGUGCCAACAGAGCAGAAACCAACAGUGUCCAUGACUCCCAGGCUGAAAGAGAUCUUCACCGGAGACUUGCUUUACUUGCACUGUGAUGAUGGUGAUCAGACUGGGAGCCCAGCAACCUGGGAUUUUAAUGGCAAGCAGGCAAAGCAAAGUAAUUCCCUGAAGAUAGCAGCUGCGUCCGCCAAGGACUCAGGAACCUAUAAAUGUACAAUCAACGGCCAAACAAGUGACGACUUCAACUUAAAAGUUCUUGAAUACGUUCCCAUGGCAUCACUUAGCAUCGCAACAGGCCAGCCAGUGACGCGCAAGAACACCAUAGUUGUGCUGGAGCUUACAAACGAUGAAGGACUGGAGGGAUGGCUCUGCAAAUUCAACUGGGAAAAGAACAUCAGAAGAGUUAAACUGAAAUUGAACAACGCAAAUCCAACAUCAUUUACCAUUGAAACUUCUCCACUGACGGUACCCGAGAACAUCUACUGGUGUGAAAAGAACGAUACAAAUGAAAGAAGUAACCAAGUUGUUCUCAGGACCACUGACAAUGAAGUGAUUCUGGAAAUGUAUCCGUUUCCUGCAAUAGAAGGAGAGAAAAUGACCCUGAGAUGUAUCGUGUGGGGAACAGAGAAAGUUACCAAAUCUGUUUUCUACAAAGAGAACAUCGAAACCAAGAGCGUUCAUGGAGAUGCGUUUGUUAUCCCUGAAGUUACUGAGUCUCAGGUGGGAAGUUAUAAGUGUAAAGCCACCUACAGAUACAAGGACCAGACAGUCGGCCCACAUGUAGAUGAUUCUGAUGUCCAGGAUUUACCUGUCCAUGAUCGUCCCGUCAGAGCGGUGCUGUCUGACACCAUGAGCUGCUCCUGUCCGUCAUGUGACAGACAGGACACCAUGUCAUACAUGUACUACAAGCAAAAUGGUAACUCCUGGACGAUGCUUGGUCAAAACAAGCAUCCAGACGGUGACGGUACUUUCCACUGCAGAGCUAUUUUGCGCAACAUGAGGACUUUACCCAGCAAUGCUGUGACAAAUAAUCAAAGUAUUCUUUCACAAGUGAUUGGGAUCUUGGUUUUCGUCAUUCUGUUGGGAUUGCUCAUUUUUGCCGUGGCAUUUUAUAAGUGGAAUAAGAAGAGAAAAGCAAGAGAGGACAUUUACGAGGAAGUCACGAUGAGGGGAGGGGAUGCCCAUUAUGAGGCUAUAAACAUGAGGCAAGUGAAAGAGGGUGAAUACGACACGCUUCAACCUGGAGCAGAGGGCCAACAGAAGACGGGUGGUGAAUACCAAGCACUGAUGAAACAGGAAGGCAAAGUCGAAGUUUACCACACUUUGGGAGAAAACGUAGCAUCGGGAGGAGGAGACAGAGCUUACGAAGCUCUAAAAACGGCAGGAAUCCAAAAGGAUGAAUACGACACCCUGACAACCAAGCAACCGGAGGGCGGGACGGGCGCAGAUGGUGGAGGAGACAGAGCUUACGAAGCUCUGAAGACAGCAGGAAUCCAAAAGGAUGAAUACGACACCCUGAAAACCAAGCAAGCAGAGCUGGAGAAAGUGGAAGAGAUAAAAGAGGAGAAAUGAGAGAGAGGCUAGUAGAAGAACGGUGGGUUUCCUUCCACUAGAUCAGUGUUUCCCAACCCUGGUCCUCAAGGCUCACUGCCCUGCAUGUUUUAGGUAUUUCCUUGCUUCAGUGCAGCUGAUUUCAAUUGAUGACUGAUUAACAGGCGUUUGUUGAACUGCAAUCAGUUGAAUCAGGCACAUUAAAGCAGGGAAACCUCUAAAACAUGUAGGACAGUGUGCCUUGAGGACCAGGGUUGGGAAACACUGCACUAGAUGGUGGACAGACCCGCCCAAAAGUGAUCCUCAGAAAAUCAGAAAAUCAAAACUUUGAUACAUUUUCACUCAAGUAGAAGAGAAAAGUGCAUCCAAAAUGUUAAAAGUGUUUGGUAAAGGCAACUCAAUAUCGAGUAAAGGUUUCAUCACUAUAUUUGAUUUAAUUUGUGUAAAUUGAUUAUCGGACAAGAAAAAAAAGUUGUUUGCAGAUCCUGGUAUUCUAAAGAUUAUGAAAAAAUUAUUUUGUUCACAACAUAAUGUUU